GUUUCCUCCACUGGUGGAAAUGCAACGCUGCGGUACUUAAAAUCUUCCUCGAGCACGAGGAUACUCCCAUCAUGAAGGCCAAUAACUGGAACCUUACCUAUACUCUCCUCAUAUCUCUCUCCCUCUGCUUCAUUUAUACCUUGCUGUUCAUUGGACGGCCUGAGAAGUUACCAUGCCUCUUCCGCCAAACAGCUUUUGGCAUCAUCUUUACAGUGGCGGUUUCUUGUGUAUUAGCCAAAACCAUCAUUGUGGUUCUGUCCUUCAUGGCCACCAAGCCAGGAUCUCAAAUGAGAAAAUGGGUGGAGAAAAGACUAGCAACCUACAUUGUUCUUUCUAGUUCUUUUAUUCAAGCCUGUAUUUGUAUAUUGUGGUUGGCAACCUCACCUCCAUUCCCAGAUUUUGAUACCCACUCAAUACCUGAAAAAAUUGUCCUGGAAUGUAAUGAAGGUUCUGCUAUCAUAUUUUAUUGUGUAUUGGCUUUUAUGGGUAUCUUGGCUGUUAUCUGCUUUACUCUUGCUUUCCUGGCCAGAAAGUUGCCUGACAGUUUUAAUGAAGCCAAGUUUAUCACUUUCAGCAUGUUGCUAUUUUGUGCUGUUUGGUUGUCCUUUGUUCCAAUCUACUUAUGCACCAAGGGGAAAUACAUGGUAGCUGUGGAGAUCUUCUCCAUCUUGGCCUCUGGUGUGGUUUAUUGAUUUGUAUUUUUUCUCCCAAAUGCUAUAUAAUUGUUUUAAGGCCUGAGUUAAAU